AUGAGCACUUCACCUCCACCAACCCCACCUUCAAGGGCACCGGGUGACCAAGAGCGGCGAUUCAAGGAUAUUAGGUCGCCUUGCGAAUGGAUAGAGUACUACCGCCCAGGCGGCUUCCAUCCUGUACACCUCGGUGAUUUAUUCAAUGAUGGCCAGUUCAAGGUGAUCCGGAAACUUGGAGAGGGUGCUUACUCAACUGUCUGGCUUGCGCACGACCUGAGAAACUCUCGCUAUGUUGCCGUCAAGAUUCUUAUCUCAGAGAAUACAGAGACCAGCCACGAGUUACGCAUCUUGCACCAUCUCGCCAAGGUUGCCCCCCAGGAUGGGGUUCGGCACAUCACUCAACUUUUCACAGAGUUUAAGCACAAAGGCCCAAACGGUAUCCACAAGUGCCUUGUUUUUGAACCCAUGGGUCCAUCUGUAAACUCCAUGGGGCUGGCAUUCCUACACAAGAAUGGUGUUGCACACGGAGAUUUCCAGCCCGGCAACAUCUUAUUUUCAGUUCAAUCUAUGUAUUCCCUUGAUGAAGCGUCCCUCCGCCAGGAAGAGAACGUCCAGACAAAGUCAAUCUCGCCUCCUGUAGAGAGACUUGAUGGCAAGCAAGACAAAUGGGCCCCGCGAUAUCUCUGCCUUGCACAACCAUUAGCACCCUUCGCGAGCAUUUCCGAGAACCUUCAGGUCAAGCUAUCUGAUAUGGGUGGUGCCUACUUUCUUGACGAUCCUCCCGAGAAGCCUAUCACCCCACUUGGCUUGCGGGCGCCGGAGCUUGUUCUCAAGAGAGAGGUGGACAAGUCUCUCGACAUCUGGAGUUUUGGUUGUCUUGUUUUUGAACUCGUCACCGGACAACCUCUGUUCUGUAUUCCUGCAUACGACGACAGGACCGAAGAAGAUGACAACCAUAUUCUUGAGCUCCAGGCGAAGCUUGGCCCACUUCCUGAUGAACUUUAUAGCCACUGGGAAACCUCUUCGCGGUACUACACUAAGGACAGAAAGCUUUAUAAUUGCCAGCUUGGCGGCGUCGGCGAGGGUCAAGAGCCGCUUAUGCUAGAACAGACUUCUAUGGAGAAAGCCUUUGACUUAACAACCCCGGACUUGGCUGAUGAGGAGGCAGAGAAGGUUAAAAGACUGAUUCGUCGAAUUCUUCAGUAUGACCCUUCUAAAAGACCUACAAUCAAGGAUAUUCUAUGUGAUCCCUGGUUUGCAGAGGAUUAA